CUCAUUGUCCAAAGCCCCAAAUCAGCUGAGAAGAUGCAGCGUGAAAGGCCAAGGUGAGUCAGGCACUGGCCAUGUAGAUGGCCCUGCCCCUGCUUCCCUCUCAAGAUGGGGCAGGGAAGGUUAAUCUGAGUGUUGAGGGAAACAAUGCUGUUUUUUGUUAUGUUGGGUGUGGUUUUUCUUUCCAGCUCUGAUGAGCCAAGACAGCCACUGCUGAUUAAAGUGUCCAGGUCUCUGGAGCAGACCCUGGAGAAGCUGAAGCUGGCCUCCAAAAACCAAUGCCCAGAGGGAGGUUCCUUGUGCAGGGCAGAGGCCAUUCCGGAUGUCAGACCUGGCACCACCUGUAAGAACUCAGGCUGUAAGGUGAUCUACAAGGGGGCAGAGAAUGAGACAGAGGCUUGUAUUUUCCACCCCGGAGUUCCUGUCUUCCAUGAGGGUAUGAAGUACUGGAGUUGCUGUGGCAUUAAAACUACAGACUUCAGUGUGUUUCUGGAGCAAGAGGGCUGCAGCACUGGAAAACACAGCUGGAUAAAGAAGGAGGAUAAGAAGUUGGUGUCUUGUCGACAAGACUGGCAUCAAACCAGCAGCCAAGUGGUGGUGACAAUUUAUGCCAAGAAUCCUCUGCCAGCACUCAGCUCUGUGACGGCCAGUCGCACUGUGAUUGAUGUCCAUAUCAUGUUCGAAGGUGACAAGGUUUUCCAGGCAAAGCUGGAUCUCUGGGGGGUCAUUGAUGUACAGAAGAGCUUUGUAAACAUGGUGCCCACAAAGGUGGAAAUCACCCUGCGAAAGGCCAGUCCCAUGACCUGGGCCAAACUGGAGCAUCUCCAGAGCAGCUCUCAGCCCAGACCAGACCAGACCGAGACAGACCCUAUGGAUGCCGAGGACCCCGAAGGAGUGCAAUGGGAGGAGUCAGAUGACAGCUUGAGCUGGUCAGAGGAGGGAGAUGAGGAGGGGGAGGAAGGAGCAGUAAGCAAAUGACAUUCAUGUAGCGUCUUCAAAAGAGAUUGAAGCCUCUUUCUUUCAAAGACAAGCAUGUGGGACCCCAGAACCAUCUCCAGGUGAGCAGAUUGAAUUCCCUGGAGACUGAGGGCCAGCUCUGAAUUUAAAGCUGCUAGAGACACUGCCUCCCAAGUGUAAAGAGUUCAGGUCACCUAUGUCUCUCUGGCAUUGUCUACACUGGGAUAUUUCUUGUACACUUGUGAGGAAGUUAAAUAGCAGCUACUAAAGUUUGACAUUUUUAAAUCAGUAUCCAGGCGUUUUAAAAGAGCUGGUUGAGGAGCUCAAUGGACUGUUAAUGUUAAUUUUCAUUAAGUCCUGAAAAAUCACAGAAGUUCCAAAACACUGGAAGAAAGCUAAUGUUGUGACAGUAUCCAAAAGGGUAAACCAUAUAACCUGGGUAAUUAUGCACCUGCCAGUCUGACAUUGAUCCCAGGAAAGAUAAAGGAGCAGCUGAUAUGGGACUUAAUUAUAUUACUCUCCUUUAAUUUUUUAUUAAUAAAUGCCAAUCAACAUGGGUUUAUGGAAAAUAGAUCCUGUCAAAACUAAUUUGAUAUCUUUCUUGAAUGAGAUUACAAGUUUUGUUGAUAAAGGUAAUAGUGUACCACAUAACAUUUUGAUUAAAAAAUUGGAAUAAUAUUAAGAUGGCACAUAUUAAGCAGAUUAAAAGCUAGCUAAUGGAUAGGUCUCAACAUUUAAUUAUAAAUGGGGAAUCAUCAUUGAACAGGUGUGUUUCUAGUGGGGUUCUGCAAAGAUCAGUGUUUGGCCCUACACAAUUUAAUAUCUUUAUUAAUGACAUGGCAGAAGACAUAAAACCAUUAUUGAUAAAGUUUGUAGAUGACCCAAAAAUUGGGGGUGGUGGUCAGUAAUGAAAAGGAGAGGUCACUGAUACAGAGUAAUCUGCAUUGCUUGGUAAGCUCAGUGCAAGCAAACAAUAUGUAUUUUAAUAUUCAUAGAUUCCAUGUUGUAGCGAGGUGAGACUCACUGGCACACCACCUCCUGCUGGUUGUUCUGGGAAUUAGCUCUUCCAGACCAGAGCAUCCUCUGCAGGCUGGUGUCUCACCUGCCACUGGCCCCCAUGUCCCUCCCAGACCCCAGUGCCCUUUACCCUGGG